AUGGUGGGAUCUCAAAUAAUUAUUGUUGAAACUUCAAUCAAUAUAUUUUUAAAGAUUCUUCACAAAAAUGUAACAAUUCUCAGAAACGAGGCUGAUUAUGGAAUACGAUUAGAAUAUGAAUUAGAAACUAAACUCGAAUGGUUUAAUAAAAUAAGAAGCAAUUUGACCGAUAAGCUCAAUUCGUUGUGGAGCUUGGCAGAAAUACAUUGCUCAGUUAAUGAUGAGAUUAAAAAAUUUGCAAAUAAUAUUUUUCAUUUGUGGACAAUCAUAACUCAACAGAUUUACAAACAAUAUUCUAAAAUUCAAGUCAUAAGCCAUACUCUGCCGAAUAUUGCACUAUCUUCUCUUCUUGGCAUAAUUAAAAAAGAAGUCGUUAUAGUAAAGAAUAAAUUACAGACUAAUGAAACAAAAUAUAAUUCAAAUGAUGUAUUAAUAGGAUAUAACUUGCUUAAUGAAAUAGUAGUAUUAUUAAACAAUCUUGAAAAAUAUGAAAAUAAGAUGCAACAGUACUUAAUUAUGUCAAAAAUGGUCCCAUACAUUCUGAAAUUAGAAUCAACAAUUGACAAAUUUGUAUCAAGUACUGCAUUAUUACCAAAAAGUCAAUUAAUUUCCUCAGAUCUUAAUGCUUUUUCAUUCGUAUCCAAACUAUUGACUGGUGAACUUAUGGGUAAUGAAAUUAUAAACCCAUAUUAUGUAUUAGCAGAAAAUAUAACAAAAAAGCCAGUUUUUAUAAUAAAAAGUAAUAAACGAAAAGUCAAUGUACCAGUUCUAUCUACAAUUAAAUUGUUUAAAAGUGUUACAUAAUUUUGGCAAUUUUAAAUAUUAUUGAAUCAGUUAAAAAUUGGAUAACGAAUUUUUUAAACAUAAAACAUAUUAACAAUAAGAUCGUUAUAUUAGAAUGAGGAAUAAAAAUUUUUCAACUCUUCUUUAAGAUUAUAUAUUUGGCAACAUAUUAAAUAUACAGCUUAAUAAGCCAAUAGCCUUUUUUUUCUAAAUAAAAGUGUGUAUGUCUUAUAGAUAUUACGAAGAAUAUAUGCAAUUUAAUAGUUUACAAUUUAUAAACAUAUGAAAACUAGUAUAUCAGUAAUAAUGCAUGAUAAUAACUGUAAAUACUUUAAAAUGUAAAGAAACUGUAUUGUUAUAGUUUUCAUCUCAAAAAUAGACAUUAAUAAUAAUUUAAACUUAAUAUUAUAUUUCGUAAAAUAUAAUAAUUCAUUUUAAUGAAUACUUCUAAAGAUGAGAGUGAAAAUAGAAAGACGGGACAUAAUGUAUCAAAUUAAUUAUAUGCUAAAGUUUGUUUACCAUCAAAUAAAACGAUCCUUAUGUACAUGAAA